GGGGGCGGGGCCACAGUCAGGGUCGGGGUUUGCCUUCGGGAGAGGGAGAGCUCGGGGGCUGCCUGCCACCAGAAGUAGAGGCCGGGGGUUCGGAGCCAGGGGUGGAGGGUUUGCCGCGCCCGGCCUGUCCUCCUUGGGCGACUUGGUGGACCUGGCGAAGAAGAAAGCAGCGAUGGAGUCAAUGCAGUACGACGAGCUGGCCCAGCUGGUGCACGCCUGGAAGUACGUCAUCACGUCCAUGCCGUACAAAGGGGACCCAGUGGCGACUGUGGAGUCCUCACUGCAGCAUCCAAAUGUGCGGGGUCUCAGGCUCCAGUUUGACUGCCGCUUCCUGUGUAAGAUCAACUGCUACUCGCUCUACUCGGGCCAGCUGAACCUGCACAAAAUGCAGCACGGUAAACCCGCCAACUUCUGCUUCCUGGUGCGCGGAUUGGGCCUGAACAGAGAGAGGUGCCGGAUCGAUUGCUUCGAGAAGGCGUAUGAGCUGAUCAUGACGAGCAAGGUGGAGGAAGUCUUGUGUCAGGAGGACUGCGGAGAAGCCACCCUCGUCCAGGAAGUACAUAACUUGUUCACUGCCGACCAGAAAGCCUUUAUGGACUUGCUCAAAAAAACCGUUACUACGGAGGGCGGCCGCCCGCGCCAGUUUACGAAGCGCCCGGCAAAGCCGAUGGGGCCCGAGGUGCCGGAGAAGAAGCGGAAACGGUUGUUUACGACUAUGGACCUCUGGUCACUUGACCCUCAUUCCCUGGCCCCGAAGAAACGAGUGGGCAUCCUGCUGGACCCCGACGCCCCUCUCAGGAAGAAACUACUCAAGUUGAAGGAGCUGCUGAAGGAAGAAGGCAUCACCAAGCUUCACCUGGUGUCCAAGGUCGAUCAGUUCGCUCACAAGACAGCCAUCAACAUCAAGAACGUCUACCGCUUUCUGGAGAUUCCCAUCCUAGGCAUGGAGAGCAAGACGCCCGUGUUUAUGGAGAUAUACUUCGACAACGUCCUCAUGGCCGCCAGCCCGCCCGACAACAAGAGGAACGCCGCCAUGCAACAGGCAUACAGGAACCUGGUGGAUGCUCUCUGUUCCCAGCCCAUCGACGUGGUCGCAGCGGGCUCACAGUUCUGGCACCCCCACAUGGCCUACGAGCCCAACAUCUGCAACAUCGUGACCAAGUGGCAGGGAGAGGACAACAACUCUCUGCUCA